AACUCAGUCAGCCCAGAACCUGCCUGGAACACCAUGUCUGGUCUGAAGAAGUUGGGUAAAGAGACAAACCUGCAGAACCAGGGCGCCUCCAUCCAGCUGCAUGAUGGGAGAUGGAUGCCUGUUGUGGCAUUUGGCACAUUUUACCCCUUUACUUUUCCAGGAGAUUCACAGGCAAAUCCGGGACAUUGCGCCGGCACCAAACAUGGGACGGAGAAGAGUUUCAUUGAUGAUGUGAGAGUGGCCACAAAAAUGGCUCUGGACCUUGGAUACCGCCAUGUAGAUGGGGCCUUUUUAUACAGCUCAGAGACAGGCGUCGGACAGGCCUUCCGUGAGAAGUUCGCUGAUGGGACUUUGAAGAGAGAAGAUCUGUUCUACACAUCAAAGCUUUGGAACACGUUCCACCAACCUCACCUUGUCCGACCGGCUCUUGAAAAGACUCUCUCCUUCCUUCAGAUGGAUUAUGUAGACCUGUAUCUUAUACACAUGCCAAUGUCCUUCAAGCCAGCAGAGGAGCUCUUUCCAAAGAAUGAAGAUGGGACAUGCGCCUUUGACCAGCCUGACCUUCUACAAACAUGGCAGGCGCUGGAGGAAUGCAGAGACGCAGGGCUGGUCAAGUCCAUUGGGGUCUCCAACUUCAACCGCCGGCAGCUGGAGAUGAUCCUAAACAAGCCUGGGCUGAAAUACAAACCCGUGUGUAACCAGAUCGAAUGCCACCCAUAUCUUAACGAAAAGCAAAUGUUGGAGUUUUGCAAGUCUAAAGACAUCGUUGUUGUUGCUUAUGGAGUUCUGGGAUCCCCAGGGGCUGGGAAAUGGGUGGAUCAGAGUUGUCCAAUCCUCUUAGAAGACCCCGUCCUCAUCUCCAUUGGUCAGAAGUACAGCAAAAGCCCCGCCCAGGUCUCCAUGCGCUACAUGAUUCAGAGAGGGUGCGUGACCAUCGCCAAGAGCUUCAACCCUGAUCGCAUGAAACAAAACCUGGAGGUUUUCGACUUCCAGCUGAGCCAAGAAGAAAUGGCGGCCAUCGACGGGCUCAACAAAAACAUGCGCUACUGGAGUUUCUCCGAAUGGGAAAAGCACCCCCAGUAUCCAUUUCAUUCACAGUACUGAGGAUUAAAGCAGGAACAUUAUUAUUGGAGAGACAGAUGCAACCACUCCGCGCUCUUCUAGCUUUCCUUGGAGAUCAGAAUGCAGGCCCGGCGCUGAUCCAAUGUAUUCCCGUUAUUGCGUAAUAAAACUAUUCUAUUCCCGG